UCCAUGAUGAACAGUCUGGGACAAACAGCCACUGAGGAGGAGCUCUAGAAAAUGAUCCAAGAGGUAGACACCAACGGCAACGGCUUCAUCGACUUCCAGGAGUUUGUCGAGCUGAACACUGAGGGCGGUGAUUCGGAGGAGGUGUUGGAGAAUCUGAAGGACGCGUUCUCGGUCUAUGAUAUCGAUGGGAACGGGUUGAUAUCGGCGGAAGAGCUCUAUAAGGUCAUGAAGAGCAUGAAUGACGAGUGCUCGCUUGCCGAGUGUAGGAAGAUGAUCAGCAGGGUCAAUCGCAAUGGCGAUGGAAUGAUCAGUUUCGAUGAGUUUAAGGCCAUGAUGAUGAACGGCUUGUGCAUGGAUUUGAUGGACAGGUGAUCAUCAUCCUCAACAUUCGUUUCAGAAUUCAAAUUUAAAUAAACAAAAAAUUUUCUCUGAACUAGAUCUAAGAAAUUUCUUCAAAAAUUUCUCAUUUUCCUUUCUUUAUAACAUCUAGAAUUUCUUAUUUCUUAAGAACAUGCACCUCUCAAAUGUCCAAAGAUAGUGUAAGAUCGAUUCAGAUAAAAAUUGUUUGGAUCGGGAAGGGGAACAUGGUAUGAUGAGAAAGUCUAAGGGUGGGUUUUCGGAGGGGGCUGUGUCUCUCGCGAAGGGGAAGGGGCCGCGUAGGGGGCUGUCUCUUUUGCAGUGUCUAAUUCCAUGUAGUGCUGGUUCACA